UUUCAGGGCAAAACUCCUUCAGAUGAACAUCUUCUUAAGCUGUGUACUGAUGUUUUCCGCAACCAACUCCCAGCAAUGCUCCAGAGCCUUUCCCUCCAAGCAAGCUGCGAAUCCUGCCAAACCGUGAAGGGACCACCAGGUGAGCCAGGAGCACCAGGUCCAAAAGGGUCUAUGGGAGCUCCAGGAUACCCCGGAAGAAGUGGUGCUCCAGGCUACCCUGGACCCCCUGGAAUGCAGGGUCCCGCAGGCAUCAAAGGAGACAGCGGGGAAAGAGGUCUAAAAGGCAGCAAAGGAGAUGGUUAUAGAGGUCCUCCAGGACCUCCUGGUCAGCCAGACUGUUACUCGUGCUCCCUGAGCAAGACCCUUGAGGAAGAAACCUCAGGCUCAACAUGGUCUUUGUGGGACUGCAUGCAGUAA